AUGAAUCGAAUAGCUUAUAACUUUUUGAGACGAAUCUUAUCAUGUCGCGCUAACUUUUUUAAAAGCAGCUCAUUCGGACUCAAUAUUAAGUAUACAAGGCAACGUCCUCAAUCUGCAAAGGUACAUCCCCAAGCUAUUGGAAGUACACAAUCAAUCACUCUGGAAAACAAUGCUGCGGUCAGCUUUUAA